AAUGCACCCCACUAAUCGUCAAGCUGCAAAACAAAUGAAUUGAUUAGCAUAAAUGUGGAACCCCAGCGCUAUUCAGCUGGCAUGCAAGAUUUAAAAGGAUGAGAUGGCAGCCAUUUCGAUUUCUGAAAGGCCUUCUCAGAGUUCAACUGUAAGGAACCUCGGCCGCCUUCGUGGAGAAGCACUUUGUCAGGAAUGCAUGUGACAAGACCAAAGUCCUCCAAGGGGCGCUGCAGGCCCACCCUGAGCCAUGCCAAAAGCGCCGACGUCAGCGGCUACCGCAACCCCCCUGUCACCCCGCGGCCGCCCUCGGUGGGGCCUGACAGGCCGGACCGCUCCGCCCGAUCCCACCCUUUGCUGAGGCAGAGCAGCGUGAUGAGCACUGAUGAGGUGGCGGAGCUCCUGCAGAACGUCCCGCCCCCGCCGGCGCUGUCCCUCAACAGGUACAGGGUGCUCCCCUCCAUCGAGAGGAAGCCGUUGGAAGACGAGGCCUUCCGCCGCAUGGAGGAGAAGACCUCCAGGCUGAGCCUCUCCGACAACCUUAUUGUGCAGGCCCGGCGUGGCCACCGGGAGCAGCACCUCACCUUCUUCCGCACCCGGGCUGCCUCACAGAGCAGCACAGAGAUAGCCAGCUCGUCAGUGGUGCCAAACAGGAAGACCCCUCACCCACCUGGCCCCGGGGGUGAGCCUGCGGAGGCUGGCAUCCUCACAGCGGCCCCCUCCGGCGACCAGCUUAGCCUCCUGCUAGCCAUCCGGUCUCCGUGCGGGAAGAGGUUCCAGCAUCAUUUCCUGCCCACUGACACGCUGCAGGCAGUGCUGGCUGCUGCGGAGGUGAGACAUGGUGCAAAGUACGGGCGGGGCGUCAUCGAGACCAUGGAGGUCCCUCGCAGGAGCUUCACGGACCUGAGCAUGACUUUGGCCCAGUGUGGUAUCCAGAACAGGUCGGUCCUGUGCAUCUCCAAAGAGGAGGAUGGCUCCACAGACUCUGCGUAAACAUGGCCCUACAGACUAGUGUGCAAAUACACCAGGGGCUCAGAUGCUCUCAAAAUUUUCUCAAUGGAAAAUGCAAGGGAUACUAAUUUGAGCACCUUACGUUCUGUUUUGUCAUGGGGGGUGAAAAAAGGGCCUUUUUUUUAUAAUUUCAACAUCGCUGUCUGAGUUGGAUGUAUAGAUGAGUUGUCACCCAAUCAGUGUAUAAAAAUCUUUUCUACAUUUUGCUAAACCAACAAUAUGCCUGCAAUAUGCUUCACCAUGAAUAAUUUGUAAGAUGACAAAAUGAGUCAGUGUUUAAUUUUACAAAACAUAACCAGGGGACCUUUGGUUGAA